AUCACCAUCCACUAGUCUCCACCCACCACCGACUCUUCUCAUCUGCUCCCCUUCUUCUACUUGUUACUGUUCCCCGUGGUCUCCAAAAUUCCCAUAAUGCCCUCCCGCCGGCUCCUCUCGCCGCCGUCGCCACACCACCACCAAACCAAUCGCCUUAUUCUGCCUCUCGUCGGAGGACUAUCCGCUGCAAUUUCAUUCAUCAUCAUCAUAAUCAUACUCGCCGUCAUUUACCUCCGUCGAAACCGCCGGAAACGGACUGCACCGUCGGCGUCCGACACCGACUCGAGGAAACCUCCGUAUCGAGUCUCCUACUCCGUCCUCCGCCGGGCGACCUCGAAUUUCUCGCCGUCUCUGCGCCUCGGACAGGGCGGCUUCGGCUGCGUCUACCGCGGCGAGCUGAAAUCCGGCAACCGAUUUUCCUACCUUCCGAUCUUCACCGCCGCGCAGUUCGCCGUCAAGCUUUUGGAUUCUGGAUCGUUGCAAGGCGAGCGCGAAUUCCAGAACGAACUCCUCUUCGCGUCGAAGAUUGAUUGUAAGUACAUUGUUUCCGUGCUAGGGUUUUCAAUUUCAUCGAACCCUAACAAACGUCGGAUGCUUUUAGUUUACGAAUUAAUGGAAAACGGUAGCUUACAGGAUUGCUUGUUCCACGAAAACAUUGUAGAAUUGAGGAGUUGGAAUAAGCGAUUUUCGAUUGCUCUUAAUAUCGCCAGAGGAUUGGAGUAUCUGCAUCACUACUGUGAUCCUCCGAUCAUCCAUGGCGAUAUUAAGCCGAGCAACAUCUUGUUGGAUGGGAACUUCAGUGCUAAACUUGGGGAUUUCGGAUUGGCUAGGUUUAAAAUUGAGGAUCUGAAGAAGGAAGGAUUAAUGGAGGAUAUUGGAUCAGUGAUUGAAACAGAGAGUGUGUUAACAACUAGUUGUUUCGAUGAAGCUGUCUCUGUUAGUGUUGAUGUUGAUAUUUCCGAUUCGCCGGAGACUCGAACUGAGGCUUCGCCAUUGUCUCCGGAGACACCAUCUCCGGCGGCAUUGCCGAUUACAGUGGCUGCAAUGAUUUCAAUGCCUUCGCCGCGUGAUCGGUUGGAUAACGGGAGCGUCUCCGAGGGAAAUGCCGAUGAUUUGUGCGUCGAUGGCGGCGGAGAAUCAAAGAACAAUGGGAAGAAGACGACGAAGAAGAGGAAAGAUUACGUGAUGGAAUGGCUCGGAAACGAGAUCAAGAACGAGCGACCGACGAUCGGAUCAUCGUUACAGUCGCAAAUAAUCUCCGGGAAAGACGAAAAGCGAAGGAAGAAACGACGGCAAUCGGAUUGGUGGAUGUCGAUGGACGACGACAAUGGCGAGCUUGAACAACGCAAGAAAAAGAAGUCGAUGACGAAAAAGAAAACAAAAUCGAAAGAAAUCCAAGGAUCGAUAACCGACGACAACGAGAAAACGUGGCGGUCGAGGGACAACGCGUUAUUCUCUGACGACGGCGACGGGAAGACAAAACAGUCCCGAAGCCGCGGCAGCAUGGAGUGGUGGUUUGACGGGUUUAGCGGCGAGCUGUGGCGGGCGUGGAAGAGCAGCCAUGACGGGAACCCGAUUUCCGGCGAGAUUCCGAGGAGCGGCAGCACGCCGAGCACGAGAGGCACCGUAUGCUACAUCGCCCCCGAGCACUGCAGCAGCGGCGAUGCAUCGGAGAAAUGCGACGUCUACAGCUUUGGGGUGGUGCUGUUGGUGCUCGUUGCGCGGCGGAGGCCGCUGCAGGUGACGGGUUCUCCGAUGGUGGAGUUCCGGCGGGCUAAUUUGUUGGCGUGGGCCCGGAAUCUUGCCCGGGCCGGGAAGCUCGACGGGCUGAUCGAUCCGGGGGUCGAGUGUUUGGAGAAGGAGCAAGCCAUGGUGUGCAUCACCGUGGCAUUGCUCUGUUUGCAGAAAUCGCCGUCGCGGCGUCCGGCGAUGAAGGAGGUCGUCCAGAUGCUGACCGGAGACUUGCCGCUGCCGGAGCUCCCGGUGGAGCUGUCGCCGGCGGCGAGGUUUCCGGUUAGGACUCAGAAGAGGGUGAAAUGAGUAGCCUUGAUUUGGGAUGAAAAAAUUAAGGUUUGGUGUGGUCAUAUAUUUAUGUGUAUAUGAAAUGUUGUUACACUUAUAUGGUUUAUUAUGUAGUAGUGUUUUAGAUCAUGUGAAAUUGAAGAUGUGACUAAUGGGAGGAGGAUAAUGCAAAUUAAAUUAUUAAUUUUUAUUGGUUUGGAAUAUGUAAGAAA